CUCCAGCGCUGUUUGUGUCUUUCCUUGGCCGCCCAUAGCCUGCAGCACCACAACCGGAGAAUCUUGGAAUUUAGCAUUCAUGUCCAAAAUAACAUUCUCCCUUCCCACAAACCUUGACACGCUCCUCCUCGGGACUUCAAAAAAAGCCUCCUUCCUUUCGUCUUCCAUCACACUCGCGACAAGCGUGACUUCAUCCGAGUCUAUCUUCUUCAAACUUUCCGCUCUCGGAAGCACAUGGUGCAACGUCAAAACCUCCACACACCUCCUCAUCUCUUUCUCAAUCCUCUCCACCUCCUUUUCCUUCCGCAAACUCGCAAUCGCCUUAAAACUCCCCGCCCUCCAAGAAUCAUCUUCCGCAGGUAAGGUCUCAUCCAAAAUUGCAUUUAACUCCUCUACCUGCUUCCUACAACUCUUUAUCACCUGCUCGAGCGCGAUUUUCGAUCCAGGCGAAAUGUGCACGUUAGUGGAAUUACAUAUCUUUAAGUCUUCGAUGAGCAAGGGAAGCCGGAUACUGAUGCCGCGGAAUACCUUCGGGACUUCGCCACGCGCUUGUUGGAAUUCGUAGAGGCGGGCAGCGACUUUGCUGCCGAAGUCGAUGAAUUGGACUAUAUUGCCAGCGAGACCGAUGGCGGAGAUGGGAUCCAUUUUACAUGUUUUUCGGACCGGAUUAUGGAAAGAGAGACGGGCUGUCGACGUGAUGGUGAUA